AUGAGUUUAAAGUUGAGAGUUGAGGACUCUUCCUCAGCCAUCAAAUUAGAUAUGGAUAACAUUUGGCUUCUCUCACUUGUCUUCCUCGUCUGUAUUCUUCUCGCCACUUUCAACCACAAGAACCGGCGUCAACGUCAACGGAGACCACCGUCUCCUCAUGGAUAUCCAAUCAUCGGAAACUUACACCAGAUCGGAGAUCUACCUCAUCAAUCACUAUGGAGACUCUCCCAAAAAUAUGGUCCUGUGAUGUUUUUGAAGCUUGGAAGAAUCCCAACGGUCGUGAUCUCUUCCUCUGAAACAGCGAAACAAGCUCUGAAGACCCAUGAUCUCCAUUGUUGUAGCCGUCCAAGCUUAGUAGGGCCAAGAAAGCUCUCUUACGACUAUCUUGACAUUGCUUUCUCUCCCGUUGAUGAUUACUGGAAAGAGCUAAAGAGGAUGUGUGUGCAAGAGCUCUUCAGUGUUAAACGAGUCCACUCGAUUCAACCCAUAAGAGACGUGGAAGUCAAGAAACUAAUCGAUUCGGUCAAGGAAUCAGCUUCUCGUAGGGCAGAGGUUAACUUGAGCGAGAAGUUUCUUUCUUUAACAGUUGGCGUGACUUGCAAGGCAGCGUUUGGUGUGAGUUUCGACUCGACUGUGCUCAACAAUGACAGAUUCGACAAGCUGAUCCGCGAGUCGUUUUUGUUUUUGGGGAGCUUCUCUGCCUCGGAUUUCUUUCCACACGGAGGUUGGAUCAUCGACUGGCUCACCGGUUUACAAAGGCGGAGAGAGAGAAGCGUGAGAGAUCUUGAUGCGUUCUAUGAGCAAAUGUUUGAUCUUCAUAAACAAGGAAACAGAGAAGGAGUUGAUGAAGAUUUUGUGGACUUGCUCUUGAGGAUGGAGAAUGAAGAAACUGUUCUUGGAUAUGGGAAGCUCACGAGAAACCAUAUCAAAGCAAUCUUGAUGAAUGUUCUUAUUGGAGGCAUAGGUACUUCUGCGAUAACGAUGACAUGGGCGAUGACAGAACUUAUGAGAAACCCUCGAGCGAUGAAGAAAGUGCAAUCCGAAAUCAGAAACCAAAUUGGGAACAAGUCAAUGAUCAGCUUGGAUGACAUAGAUCAGCUCCUUUACCUGAAAAUGGUGAUCAAAGAAACAUGGAGGCUACAUCCUCCAGCGCCACUUCUUGUUCCUAGAGAAGUAACGUCUGAGUUUGAGAUCAAUGGCUACAAGAUACAACCCAAGACACGGCUUUACGUGAAUGUUUGGGCUAUCGGGCGUGAUCCGGUUACCUGGAAAGACCCGGAGAUGUUUCUACCAGAGAGGUUUAUUGAUAGUAACAUCGAUGUAAUAGGACAGAACUUUGAGUUGCUACCGUUUGGGGGUGGCCGGAGAAUCUGUCCUGCGAUUUACAUGGGGACAACAAUGGUGGAAUUUGGUCUCGCAAAUAUGUUGUAUCACUUUGACUGGAAGUUACCAGAAGGCAUGGUAGUCGAAGAUAUCGACACGGAAGAAUCUCCUGGACUCAAUGUAAGCAAGAAAAAUGAGCUUCUACUUGUUCCUGUAAAGUAUUUAGAUCAUUGUUCUUCAUGA